AUGCAGCUGGCUGUCAAGGACUGCAUUGCUCUCCUCAUCUACAUCUUGACCUUUCUGCUCGGCCUACCCGCCAACCUGCUCGUCUUCUUUGUGUACAUGCGCAAGGCUCGUAAACAUGGUGCCACACCCAACGUGGUCUACGCCCUCAACUUGUGUCUGGCCAACUUGGGGCUGUUAGUCUGGCUGCCUGUCAAGACUCUGGAGACUUUGCUUCAGGACUGGAGGCUGCCUGCUCCCGUGUGUCUUGUCUACAACUUCUUCCUCUUCUCGUCCCUGUAUGGCAGCUGUCUGUUCAUCACCGCUGUAACAGCGGGUCGUUACUUCAGCAUAGCAUUCCCGAUUGUCUACAAGAGAUGGCGCUGUGCUCGCAACUCCUGCAUCAUCAGCGCUGUCUUGUGGCUGUUGGUGGUGCUACACCUCAGCCCUGGCGUGGUGGUCGGAGAAGGGGGUUUUUUUGUUUCCACAGGUAAUAACUCCUCAGUUUGCUAUGAAGUUUUUAGUGCGUCCCAGCUGGCCGUGCUGCUGCCACUCCGCCUGGAGAUGGCCAUCACUCUGUUUCUUUUGCCUCUGAUUGUGUCAACUUUUUGCACGAUGCGCUGCGUCACGCUGGUGUGGCGCUCAAAAUUGUCCCCCAUGGGAAAAAGAAGAGUGCUGGCUGUUGCGCUGUCCACGCUCGCUGUGUUUGUGGUUUGCUACGCACCCUACAACGCCUCACAUGUCGUGGGGUUUGUGAUGGGGGAGAACGUGAAGUGGAGGACGUACGCUAUGCUGACGAGCACCUGUAACGUAUUCCUGGACCCUGUGGUCAUGCUGAUGCUAUCUCCAGUCAUGUCAAGAGGCGUCUUGGGAAGAAUCUGUGGACGGCAAAGCCAGUUCAGCCACAGGGGGGGUUCUCGGUACCAGUGUAAAGCCGUCAGUGAAGCUUCAAAAGUUAGACCACCAACUGUCCCAUCUGAGGGGAGCAAACCUGGGGCUUAG